AUGAAGGUCUCUGUCAUCCUCUCUGCUCUGGCUUCCACUGCCCUUGCUGCACCCCUCAGUCUCCCCGGCCUGGAAAAGCUCCCUGUCCUCUCCAACCUGGGCGACCUUCUCGGCAACAAGCUGCCAUCCGUCAGCAACGCCGGUGAUCUCAACAAUGUCCUCGGUGGUAAGCUUGGCGAUCUCGGCGGCGACAGCGGUCUGCCCCUGGGAGAUCUUCUCGGUGGUCUGAAAGACCUCCUCGGAAACCUAGGCGGCGGUGCCACCACCCCUGAGCCUCCCACUCCCACCACCCCCGCUGCCCCUGGUGCAGGCUCCGGACAGAUCCUCCAAGACCUUGCCCCUGAGCUCAACGAUAUCCUCGUCGUGACCGGCCCCAACGUCAAGACCCUCCUCAUCAAGCUCUCUCCCGAAGUCGCUGCCCUCGUUUCCGGUCUCGGCCUCCCCGGUCUCGGUGUUCCCCUCGGUGGUGUUGUUGCCUCUGCUUCUUCCGUUGGUGACCUCGUCACGGCCCUUGGCCCUCAGGUUGAAGGCCUUGUUACCGUUGUUGCCCAGGGCGUUGGCGCUCUCUUGAUCGAGCUUUCUCCCCCGGUUGCUGCUCUUGUUUCUGGCCUUGGACUUCCUGGUGUUGGGGUUCCUCUUGGUACUGUUCUUGCUACUGUUGGAGGUGACCUGUAG